AAUGGAAGAAACAGCAAGAGAUUGAAGCAAGAACAAAGAUGGUAACCGCUAUUUUUGAUUUGGCUGUAGGUGUUGGUAAAAUUGUUGUCCAACCUGGUGGUAUAGUUGGUUUUAUUGAAACUAUAGAAAAGACUUCUAGUUCAAUUAAUGAUGCUUUGAAUGCAGCCGAUGCUGUAAAAGGAGUUAUAGACAUAAUUGAUAUGAAAAACCAUGAGUCUGUAAAGCAAUUGAAAGAAGUAAAUGAUAAUAUAAAAAAAAUUGAGGAUAUUAAAAAUGAUCUAAAAAGUCAUUUUAAGGAAGCUGACAGUAUAACUAGUGAAGUGGAGAAAGGGCAAGAAAGCAUCCAAUCUUUAAAUAUUAGUAAACUUGCAAAUAUGCUUGAAACAGAAGAUCGAAAAGGAAUCCAUUUAAAGGCUAGAUGGAACUCAAUUAAGAAUGAUAUGAGACAAUUACUUAAAUAUCCUGUUGACAAAGGCAUAAGUGGUGCAAAUGAAUAUCUAAAUUCAUUAGAGAAUCUAUUUAUAUACAUUGAUGUGUAUAUUGAAGCUAAAAUUGAUGAAACAGAAAGCUUUAAAGAGUAUUCACGAAUUAAACUGCAAGUAGAAGCAUUUGAAAAAAAAGAACAACGCCUUAAGGAAUUAAUUAAAAAUUAUGAAACAAGAGAAGAUU